AUGUCCUACGCAGCUACCGCCGUCGACCACAUGGCCACCGAUGGCCGCAUCGAGUGGUUGGCCAACCUCAACACAGAGUACACCCCCGAGAGAAACCUCCGAAGAACCUCCAUCAUCUGCACCAUUGGUCCCAAGACAAACUCGGUAGAAGCCAUCAACAAGCUGAGAACCGCAGGCCUUAACGUUGUCCGCAUGAACUUCUCCCAUGGCUCCUACGAGUACCACCAGUCCGUCAUUGACCAUGCCCGCGAGGCCGAGAAGUCCCAGCCUGGCCGUCAGGUCGCCAUCGCCCUCGACACCAAGGGCCCCGAGAUCAGAACCGGUCAGACCAAGGGCGACGCCGACCUGCCUCUGACCGCCGGCACCAUCUUGAACAUCACCACAGACGACCAGUACGCCGCUGCUUGCGAUACCGAGAACAUGUUCGUCGACUACAAGAACAUCACAAAGGUCAUCGAGAAGGGCCGCAUCAUCUACGUCGACGACGGUAUCCUCGCCUUCCAGGUCGAGGAGAUUGUCGACGACAAGACCCUCAAGGUCAAGGCCCUGAACAACGGCUACAUCAGCUCCCGAAAGGGUGUCAACUUGCCCAACACCGAUGUCGAUCUGCCCGCUCUUUCCGAGAAGGACAAGAAGGAUCUCGAGUUCGGUGUCAAGAACAACGUCGACAUGGUCUUCGCCUCGUUUAUCCGUUCCGGCAAGGACAUCAAGGACAUCCGCGCCGUCUUGGGCGAGCAGGGCAAGCACAUCCAGAUCAUCGCCAAGAUCGAGAACCGACAAGGUCUCAACAACUUCCCCGAGAUCCUCAAGGAGACCGACGGUGUCAUGGUUGCCCGUGGUGACUUGGGUAUCGAGAUCCCCGCCGCCGAGGUCUUCGCCGCCCAGAAGAAGAUGAUCGCCAUGUGCAACUUGGCCGGCAAGCCCGUCAUCUGCGCCACUCAGAUGCUUGAGUCCAUGAUCAAGAACCCUCGUCCCACUCGUGCCGAGAUCUCGGACGUUGGCAACGCCGUCACCGAUGGUGCUGACUGUGUCAUGUUGUCCGGCGAGACCGCCAAGGGCGACUACCCCGAGGCCGCCGUCACCGAGAUGUCCAAGACCUGUCUCAUGGCCGAGAACACCAUUCCCUAUGUCUCCCACUACUACGAGUUGACCAAGAACGUCAAGCCCCCGGUGACCGUCGUCGAGGCUUGCGCCAUGGAUGCCGUCAACUCAUCCCUCAAGCUCAACGCCGGUGGCAUCAUUGUCCUCUCCACAUCUGGUGAAUCAGCUCGUCUUCUCUCCAAGUACCGACCUGUCUGCCCCAUCUUCAUGGUCACUAGAAAUGCCAGCGCUUCCCGAUUCGCUCACUUGUACCGUGGCGUCUACCCCUUCUACUUCCCCGAGGAGAAGCCCGACUUCACCAAGGUGAACUGGCAAGAGGAUGUUGACCGACGUAUCAAGUGGGCCGUCAAGAACGCCUUGAACCUCAAGGUUCUGAACGCGGGAGACACCGUCGUCGUCGUCCAGGGCUGGAAGGGUGGUAUGGGUAACACCAACACCCUGCGGAUAGUCAAGGCCGAGCCCGAGAACCUUGGAAUUGGUCAAUUGGAAUAG